ACUCGGGGGCGAGCACUUUGUUGUACUAAGUGUUUUUUUAGUGCUGGAAGCGGUAAGGAAAAAGGACGCAAUAAAAGACAUUAAGCGUGUCAUCAUGCUCAAGCCCAGGACGCUAUUUCUAUUGUCGCUUAUUGCUUUAAUGGCCUAUUUCGUGUCAUCAGCCUUCAAUUACGAGAAUUGCCGUAAAGGCUGGAGCGAGCCGAAAGGCUGUAAAGUUGGCUAUCAUGAAAACUUGACCAUCCUUUUGGACGAUAGACAACCGAACUCAGGCGUCAAUAUCGACUGGGAUAACGUCGAUAAYUACGAACACGAUCUCAAAUGUCGGUGCCGCAAAAAAGCGAAAGCUUUGAACUAUGAAUUCUUUGCUAUAUACAAGGAUGGGAUAUGUCUUGGAGCAUCAGGAACAUUGAAUGAUUAUUUGAAAUUGCAUGGCCUAGACGGAGCAUCAAUUUGUAGUACAGACAYGAGGGUAUCUGUAAACGGAUUUGUUGGUAGUAAUGCUUGCCGUUUUGGCAAGUAUCGUGCUUUCUUCUACCAAAUUCAGGAAGAAGAGCAGCAAACCGAAAAGGAAGUAACAGAGGAAACAAUAAAUCCGGAUAAACCAGCUUGCAAAGAAGUUGCAGAUGUCUUUAUCCUGCUAGAUUCAUCUGGUAGCUUGAAUGAAGAGGGUUUUCAAAUUGAGAAAGAUUUCACCCUGGAAUUCUUAAAACGAUUUGACCUGGGGACAAAGACAAAGUCUCGAGUUGGUAUCAUUCAGUACGAUGAAAAGAUUCAAAAAAUGUUAACCUGGAGUAACAGCAGUGAUAUGACUUUGCAACAACACUUAGAUUGGGUAAAAAACAUGAAAUAUACCGGUGGGAGUACGAGAAUUGGGCUGGCCUUAGAGACUGCAAAAGAUCGUAUCGUUAUUCCUGAUAAAAGAGAUGGCGUUCACAUGACUGGCAUAGUCAUGACCGAUGGAGAAUCAUUUGAUAAAGUAAAUGGUCCCGCCAAAAUUCUGAGGGACAAAUAUAACUUCAAAAUCAUUGCUUUGCGCACUCAAGUAUGUUAA